CUUAGGAUCUCAAUCAACUAGAAAUGGCAAAGAAAAAUCUACAAGAACGUCAACAGGAAUUAGAAGAACUUUUAGGUCUACAGCAAUUACUUAGUGAAGAAGUUAUCGACGAGAAACCCAAGUUCUCCAAAUAUGAACGAACUAAAGAAAUGUACAAGUUUGGAGAAGGUUUUGAAGAGAAGGGAACUGACAGAUUUAAGGAACAUUAUGAACUGGAGCUGGAACUGUUAGAAACUAACAAGAAAACUUUUGAAGACUUAGAAUUUCAACAUCUUGAACAUCAAACACAUUUUGAAGAAGAGAAAGAUAUCUUGAGUCAGAAGCUCAAUGAUCUGAGAAAUGAUAUCCAGGACAGGCAGAAUAAAUUACAAGGGCUAAAAGAGCAACGGAAGUGUGUGAAGGAGCAGAUAACACAAGAGAAGACCAAGGCUCACUUGGAAAAGAAACGAGCAAUGGGAGAAUUGAAUCAGUUGCAGCUCAAGUUUCAGGAGACAAAUAAACUGUUAGAGAGUUUACAAGGUGUUUCUGAUUCGAGUAGUACUCCAGAAAGUAGUUCUGAGAACUCUUCUGUUUUGUCCGAUCAUGAGCGGGUCAGUGUAAGAAACUCUUUGUAUAUCAUAAGAUACAUAUGCAUUCAUUGUUAACGUUGUUAAAUGUUGUCAUUUCAGUUUUAUUUAUUCACAGUGACCGCUGUCUGUGAUAUUAUCUAUAGAGUUUAAAAUUAACUCCAUUUUAUUGUAC